AGCGAGCGCGCACGUGUCUGUCAUUAAUCUAAUCACCCUCCCCCACCCCCGCCCCGUCAGUCAGCCGGCACGAGCCUGCGCGGUGCGUGUGACUUAGCAGCUGCGAGGAGGGCGAGGAAAGUCCGGCGCGCGAGACACAAAGUUCGGUGGAGGCGCGUUCCUUGCUCGCUUGCGACGCCUCACGCGACGACGACGACGGCUGCUGCUUCCUUCUCCUCCUCCUCCUCUUUCGCGCCCACUCGCGGCUGCCACCCUGCGGGUGGUGCACCCAGCCUGAGCCGCAGCCGGGGCACGCCGCUGAGGUAGCUGCCUAUCGCGGGGCUGAGGCGGCCAGCGCGCAGCCUCUUCCUUCGGCCGGCCUGGAUUGAAGCCUCCAGGCUCCACCGGGCUCUGCUGCUGUUGCCUCCGCAGCAGUAGACGCCGGCGGUGGUGGCGUUUGUGGAGAAGCGGGAGGAGGCGGCGGCCAAGAGACGAGGAGGAGGCGGCGGCGGCGGCGGCGGUUAUGGAGCCUGAGGCAGCAGCGGCGGACAAGCCCAGCGACCCCGAGCCAGCGUCGUCCUCCUCCUUCCAGGCCCGGCUGUGGAGAAACCUGCAGCUGGGCGGCAAGAGCAAAGGCGGCAAAGCGGCAGCCGCCGAGCGCCGCAGUGCGGAGACCUCGCCGUCGCUUCCUCGCGCUCGAGCCGAGCAGCAGCAGCAGCCGCUUGAACAGCCGGCGGCGGCCAAGGGGGAUUUGCUGAGCGGCGGCGCCGUCAAGUGGAGCGGCUUCAGGCGCAGGAAGCACGUGCUGGACCGCGUCUUCUCGUCGUCCCAGCCCAACCUCUGCUGCUCCUCGGCGGAGCCCCUGGAGGCCGUGAGCAGCGAGGCCGGCUCGGCGCUGCGCCGCCUGAGGGAGCACAUACUGCACCACCACCACCACCAGGGCAGGGGGCAGCCGCCGUCGCCUCAGGGCCGCCGCCCCGACGACGCGCGCGCCGCCUCCUCCUCGGCGUCGUCUUCGCUCUGCCCGUCGCCGGCCGCCCCCGCCCGAGCCGACAGGGGGCGCGGCGGGGAUGGCCCCCCGCAAGCCGAGAAGGGGGAGGAGCUUCCCCCGCCGUCGCCGCUGCCCCGGCCGGGGGCUCACCUGUCCCACCAGAAGAGCUCCUCCCUGCCGGGCACCGCUUGCUUGGAGCAGCUGCUGCAGGAGUCGCCCACCAGGGGCAAGGCCAGAGCCAGGGAGGGCAGCGGCAGCCCCGCGAGAGCCAAUCCUACUGGAACUAGUAAUGCAGAAUUGCCUCUGGCUGAACCUGGAAUGUACCAGUUGGACAUUACGUUAAAAAGAGGUCAUAAUCUAGCAGCUCGUGAUCGAAGAGGGACAAGUGAUCCAUAUGUCAAGUUUAAAAUUGGUGGAAAAGAAGUGUUUAGAAGCAAAACUAUCCAUAAGAAUCUUAACCCUGUAUGGGAAGAAAAAACUUCAAUCAUGAUUGAACAUUUAAGGGAACAACUGUACAUAAAGGUCUUUGAUUAUGAUUUUGGGCUUCAAGAUGACUUCAUGGGAUCAGCAUUUUUGGAUCUCGGCUCACUAGAGCAAAAUAGGUCAACCGAAGUUACGUUGAGUCUCAAGGAUCCACAUUAUGCUGACCAAGAUCUUGGAACUAUAUUAUUGUCUGUUUUGCUGACGCCGAAAGAACAGCAACGGGAAGGGACAAUGUUAAUGAGGAAGAGUUGGAAAAGAUCAAGUAAGUUUCAGACCCAGAGUAUACGUCUGUCAGACCUGCACAGAAAAGCUCAGCUGUGGAGAGGGAUAGUCAGUGUCACUUUGAUUGAAGGUCGUGAACUCAAAGCCAUGGAUCCAAACGGGCUCAGUGAUCCCUAUGUGAAAUUCCGACUAGGACACCAGAAGUACAAGAGUAAGAUUAUGCCAAAAACUUUGAAUCCUCAGUGGAGAGAACAGUUUGACUUGCAUCUCUAUGAGGAACGAGGUGGAAUUAUUGAUAUGACAGUGUGGGACAAAGAUGCUGGCAAAAAGGAUGAUUUUAUUGGCAGGUUUGUCUAAUUACAAGCAACUUUUAUUCCGAGAAUGAGCAAUGAUUAUUUUAUUUAUUU